AUGCAAGCUUCCGACAAGAACGCGCCGCUCAAAACACGGCUCGCCCGCCUCCUCGCCGCGUCUGGCGCCACAUCGCUCGCAGAUCCCAAACUCGCCAGCUACCUCGACUCGAACGAUGCGCUAGGACCGUUCCGUACGCAGUUCAGCUUCCCGAAGAAGCGGACAGUGUGGCCGGAUGCGUAUCGGGCGGAGAUGGCGGCGCGCGGAGAGGCGGAUCGGGAUGAGGAUGCGACAGAGUGUGUCUAUCUCGCGGGGAACAGCCUGGGUUUGAUGCCACGACGGACGCCUGAGAUGCUGAGCGAGGAGCUGUCGGUCUGGAGCGCUUCCGGCGUCCUCGGUCACAUGGACCACGCAUACGGCCGACCAUGGAUUAAGAUCGACGAGACGGUGACUCCCAUUCUCGCCGAAAUCGUUGGUGCCAAGCCGUCCGAAGUCGCAUGCAUGGGCUCUCUCACCGGCAACUUGCACACGCUCUUCACGUCCUUCUAUCGACCAACGCCGCAGCGGCACAAGAUCAUGUUCGAGGGGAAGGCUUUCCCGUCCGAUGCUUACGCAUUCGCUUCCCACAUCGCACUGCACGACUAUCCUCCCUCGUCCCUCCUCCCCGUCUACCCUCGAAAUGGCGAGCACAACAUUCGAACAGAAGACAUCCUUCGCCUGAUCGAGGAGGAGGGCGAGUCGAUCGCCGUCAUAUGCUUCGGUGCGGUGCAGUACUAUUCGGGUGAGUGGUUCGACAUGGAGGCGAUCACGAAGGCGGGUCGAGCAAAGGGCUGCAUCGUUGGCUUCGACUGCGCACACGCCGUUGGUAACGUGCCGGUCAAGUUGCACGACUGGGGCGUCGACUUUGCGUGCUGGUGCUCGUACAAGUACCUCAACUCGGGACCGGGAGGCAUCGCUGGCUUGUUCGUGCACGAGCGGUGGGAGGACCGGAAGCGGCUACACGGCUGGUGGGGCCACGACAAGGCGACGCGCUUCGCCAUGCCCGCCAACUACGCUCCUCUGCCCGGCGCAGCAGGAUGGCAGUUCUCGAACCCGUCAGUGCUGGACGUCGUCGCGCUCCUCUCGUCGUUGCAGGUCUUCCAGGAGGCAUCGAGGGCCCUCCCUCGAGCUUUAGCGGGCGGGCAAAUCUCGGGUCGCGGACCGAUCCUCGGCGCCUUGCGUGAGAAGAGCAUGGACUUGACGGGCUACCUCGAGCUGUUGCUCACUUCGAACCCGUACUACCGCGCCUCAUCGUCGUUCCCGCCCUCCUCCGCCGCUCCCGCCUUCACCAUCAUCACGCCCCUCGACCCCUCUCGGCGAGGCUGCCAACUCUCGCUCCUCUUCCACCCCGUCGAGUCAAUGGACUGGAUUUUCGAUCGGCUGCGCGAACGAGGCGUAUUGGGCGACGAGCGCCGACCAGGCGUGAUCCGCUUUGCACCGGUUCCGCUGUACAACAGCUGGUCGGACGUGUUGCAGGCUUCGCAGGCGCUCGAGGAGGCAAUCAAGGCGUACGAGCAGUGGAGCAGGGAGAGUGGACAGGUCGGCGAGGUUGCGCAGGCGCUCGAGGAGACGAGGAUCCGGCCUGGAGUCGUCGAGGACGAGGGGUUGCGGCAGUAG